AUGGAUAAAAAUUCAAACGGACAUUGCUUGCGUACCGAGCGUGGUGGUGUGGGAUUUGAACAAGCGCUCCACAUUGGAAUUCGUGACCAGUUCGAAAGUGCACACAUUGUCGGCUGCCUGUUCUACUGGAAGCAGGCUAUACGGCGAAAAAUGAUUUCAUUGGGGAUCACUCGAGCGGAGGUCGCAGCUGCCAUGGAGCCUGGAAAGCAGAUCGCAAAGAAAAAUGGCAAGCGUUCUGAGACUACUAUGUGA